CGAUGGACUUACGGGAGUUCCAAUGGUCAUCGCCACCGGAAACAUCUUACUGGAAUUUUAACAUUAUGCAACAUAUAAACUGCAUCGGACAUCUGACAGUUUGACCAUUACGGCAUGGAUGUUAUUGGCAGCUAGCAGGGAAAAUAUGUCCUCUACAAAUUAACCUGAAUUUCUGCAGUAACUUCCAUUCCCACAUUCGUGUAUAGCAACCUCCGGACAGUGUUAUAUUGAUAGAACUUUUCAGGCAGACAGGAAACAUGCUGAAUGUAUUUUAUGAAUACAAACAUAUUUUACAGUUGAAAUAAUUGUGUUCUAACCAAAAUUAUUCAAAAUCAAAAAUGGUACCAAUUCGAAAACCAGUGGCAGGAUAUUUAAUUUUAUGUUUGUCCGUUUUUUAUGUGGUCAACAUGGGUGUGGUUUCCGGUCAUGGCCGCCUGGUCAAACCACCCGGACGGUCAACGAUGUGGAGAUACGGAUAUAAUACUCCGCCGAAUUACAACGACCACCAGCUGUUCUGUGGUGGCUUUCCGGUCCAGUGGUGGAUGAAUGGUGGGAAAUGUGGCAUCUGUGGAGAUAGGUAUGACGUUCCAAUCCGGGAUAACGAACCGCCGUACGGCCGCUUCGCAAACGGUGUAAUAACAGGGUAUUAUCAAAAAGGUGGCGUUAUUGAUAUCAACGUAGAGGUUACGGCAAGUCAUAAAGGUUACUUUGAGUUCCGACUGUGUCCAAACAAUAACGUAAAAAGAGCUGCGACACAGUCUUGUCUAGAUCGCUAUCUACUACAGGAGUACUACGGAAAUUCAACACAGGUUUUCGUCAGUGACAAGAGCGUUGGACUGUACGACAUUAAAAUGCGGCUGCCAUAUGACGUCACAUGCUCGCAGUGUGUCCUACAGUGGAGAUACAGGUCAGGAAACCGAUGGGGCUGUACAGGUAACGAUUUCACACGAGGAUCUUGUGGAUUAGGACGGGGACCACAAGAAGAAUUCUACGCAUGCUCAGAUAUUGCGAUUCUUGAAAGUGGUACGGAUGACAAUGCAAUUCCCUCUCCUACGACACAUUAUCCAAAUGUACCAACUUCACUGACCACUAAAGCGCCACCUGUGCAAACAACUAGAACUGUGCAAACAACAACGGUACCUUCAACAACACAAGCUCCAACACAACGGCCGGUAACUCGUAUCCCGCCUCCAUCCAUUCAGAUUGUGUGCAAGUCUGCCGGUGCUUGGAAAGGGUUACUAGCUAUGGACAAAUGGUGUGACGUCAAUUGUAAACGUAGGUACUGUCCAAUGACGCACUGCAGGUGUAGCCCGGCUGGUCAGUUGGUGGAUGACCAGGACUACGGACUCCUCGGAACAGGGAAAAAUUGUUUCUCGGUCGCCGGGAUUCCAGGUCUUGACCUUUGGUGCCAGCAUAACUGUCCCCAGGGGCUUUGUGAUCAGAACACGUGCUAUUGUACGUAAACUAGCUCGGGGAAGACUCUAGCGGAACAUAAAAGAAUGUUGAAUAAAAAGGGCUCUUACUUUUUUUUUCGUAAAGCAAAUUAUCAGAACAGCCAAUAUUCCCCAAAAGGAAGAAUACAAGGGGUAGCACGAUGCGGAAAUAGAGUAUUCCCUCAAUGUGUCCGGGCGACAGAUUUAGUUAAUAUUCAAAAACCGGGUUAGAUUUUGGCGGUCAUCGGCCACGUUUCAAGGUCAAACGUCACACUAGACCUCUUUUGAAAUGAAUUAGUAUGUGUCAAAGAAAUAUCAUGCAAUAUUGGAUAUAUUUAGUUCAUAUUCGCACCAUAACAUCACAACAUGAAAGUCUACUCCUGAUUUAAGUUUAUUGGAAAUCGAUCAAGGCCAGAGGUCAUGCUUAACCACUUUGAAAUAAAUAAGUUUGUGUACAAUGUGUCUCUUUAACCCUAAGACAAAUAUAGUUCAUAUUCACAGCAUAUUCUACAUCUGAUUAUAGAUUUUGGUUGUCAUUGGUUAGGGUUACAUGUCAAAGGCCGCUCUUGAACACUUCAAAGUGAAAAAAAAAUGGUUUAAGAUAUCUCAUGAACCCUUGAACAGAUUGUUUUUAUUGACAGGGUUGAGGAAUAUACUUGUGAACCCCUGCUUACUUUUAAUUUCCUCCUGUCACUAAAAAAACACGUAUGCAUACGCAGAGGAUACACCGCGCGCAAAGACCACGUGACCUUAGCUAGUGCGAGAAGGAAAACUCCUUUCGAUCUGAAUGCCAAACGAUUAGUAUUUGUUCCUAGUAAAUCACACUUUGCAAUGAUC